GUGUUAAAGUGUUAAAGUGUAAAAGUUAAAAAGUUAAAAAUGACUGGUCGCGGCAAAGGUGGAAAAGGCUUGGGUAAAGGUGGUGCUAAGCGUCAUCGUAAAGUUUUACGUGAUAACAUCCAGGGAAUCACUAAGCCUGCUAUUCGGCGUUUGGCUCGUCGUGGAGGUGUAAAACGUAUAUCUGGUUUGAUAUAUGAAGAAACUCGUGGAGUCUUAAAAGUAUUUUUGGAGAAUGUUAUCCGUGAUGCAGUUACCUAUACUGAACACGCUAAAAGGAAGACAGUUACAGCAAUGGAUGUUGUAUAUGCUUUGAAGAGACAAGGACGUACCUUGUAUGGAUUCGGCGGUUAA